AUGAGCGUCAAGCUGAUAGGAGAGAGCAUGACCUUGUAUCGGAGCGUCAUGAGGCUUCACCGUUUGAAGCUUGAUCCGCAGAUGCGCAGCCUGGGGGAUACCUAUGCAAGGAAGGAGUUCAGGCUGCAUGGCAAGCCUCAGGUCACGGACUCACAGCGGCAGAUGUUCGUGCAAGAGUGGAAAAAGUAUGUUGACAUGAUCAGCAUGCAAGAGACUGUGGUUGGCCAAGAGCUCACUGCCGAACAGAAGGGCAAGCUCAACGACCAACAGAAGGUGCAGCUUGACAACCUGGAGCAGUCCGCCAAGUCUCUGGCAUCUCAAGGGAGCUGA